AUGUAUGCAUUUGGGAGAGUGAUUCCAAAUCUAUGGUACAAAGAGCUAUCACAACGAGUUGUGCACUAUGCUGCUCGCCUUCCCUUAACUAUCAAAGUUUUGGGUUCGUUCCUCUGUGAUAAAAGUGAACUUGAAUGGAUAGAUGUCCUAGAAAGACUAAAAACUAUUCCAUUAAUGGAAACUCUUGGAAAAUUAGAAACAAGCUAUAUCAGUCUAGAAAAUGAUUACAAGGAAAUAUUCCUAAAUGUUGCAUGCAUCAUGAAAGGAUGGUCGAAACCCCUUGCAAUCAAAGUGCUUGAAAGUUGUGGAUUUAAUGCAAGAAUUGGUUUAAGAGUUCUUGAGCAAAAAUCUCUCAUAACUAUCAAUGAAAGGUGUGGAUUUCAUGUUGGAAUUCGUUCAAGAGUUCUUGAGCCAAUAUCUCAUAUAACCAUUAACCAUGACAAGUAUCUCGGCGUGCAUGACCAUAUUGAAGAACUAGGCAGGCAUAUUAUUCGUCAUUCCCACCCAGAUAAGCCUAACAAGCAUAGUCAUUUGUGGAAUGAUGAGGAAAUUAAAGAUAUAUUGACUAAUGACUUGGGUACUCAAGCAACAAGAUAUAUAAAGUUCAACAUGGGGAAAAUUAGUCCGGAAAUUGUGAUGAAAGGUCUUAGAAAGAUGGAGGAGCUUAGAUUUCUUGACGUGUCUUUACCCAAAACAUUUCAAGCAUUUAAUCUUGUUCCACUUGAGAUUAGUGACAGCAGAAUUAUACAACUUUGGGAAGGGGGAGAAAGAAAGGUUCUUAACAAGCUCAGAUUCCUUGACCUCAGUCAUUCAAAGUUGAGGACCAUUGAUCUUGGGCUCACUCCAAAUCUCGAGACGUUGACUCUUACAAAUUGUUCGGACUUGAUAAAACUCCGCAUUCCAAAUAGAUGUCUAAAUCUCAGAUCCCUCAAACUUAAUAAUUCAAAGUUGAGGACCCUUGACAUCCGCCUUACUCCGAAUAUCGAGUAUUUAGAUCUUGGAAAGUGUUAUGAUUUGAGAGAAUUUCACAUUCCCAGUAGAUGUCUAGAAAAGCUUGUUUACUUUAACUUAGUUGGUUGUUUGAGUUUUAGGUCUUUUAAGUAUAAAAUAGAGAGUGAUGCUUCAUAUAGUGAGGUUGAAUCACUUAAGGUUGUUUCUUUACCUGAGUUACAUCUGAGUGUGCAUGCCAUAAAUGUGUUAUGCCCAUUUCACCAUGACAAUAAUUUUCUAAAGUUUCGGUUUGCAUGUCAUUAUAAAGAAGAGCAACCAUUAUUGACUAGAAACCUCGAGAAACUUCUUUCUAUAGGUUUUUGUGGCUGCACAAACCUUGAUACGUUCUCAAGAAGCAUUUGUGGAUUACAACUUUUAAGAAAGCUUAGGAAUUAA